GGUACGAUCUCAAAUCAGGCAUUACGCACUGACGUUCAGUCAGUCCUGCGUACAGUAAAUCAGUGUAUCACCGGUAUGACGGACAAUCUGGCCGCUAUACUUUGCUCGCUCUUAGACGAUAAGGCGGUUAAAGCUGAACAAUGGAAAUUACUGGGGCAAGAGAAGGAUGGAUCGCUGCUUGUUGGAUGGGUAGAAGAAAGUUCGGAGAGAAAUUCCGCUUUGCCAUACUCCGUGAUUGGACAUUAUGACAGAGCCAAAGGCACCUUGCAGAUUGUAUACAAAUUCUCUCAAGUUUUAAAUGUUGUACAAGCCACCAUAAAUCAAUACCACACAUUGCUCGGCUAUGUUAUCAAGACCAGUAUUGUCGUCGAUGACAGAAAAGUGGAAACUGAUUGUGCGACUGUCAACGAAGGAUCAUCAGAGUCUGAUACUUUAGAAGUAUAUCGGGUUUAUGUGGUGGAUCUUUGUUCGCCAACCAAAACUAUUAAUAAUUUGGAACUAGAGAGAAGUAAACAGGCAAGGAUACAAUUUCUGUACAAACAACGGCCACAAAGGAAUUUGGACCAGUUCCUGGUUCUUAUUCAUCAAGAAUCUGUCAUGUUGUACAACGUCCACUUUGAUAAUACAAAUGACGGCACAUACACGCUGAAGGAAUUAAAGUCAGAGUCCUUAGUUCGCACAUUUAUAUGGGCUCAGUGGGAUUCGGUGAAUCAAGUUUUAUAUCACAUACAUCACCGCAGAUCUCCGACAAGCUUAGUUACGGAAGAAGCUAGCGACAGUCAACAAAAAACACCUGGAUCUUGCCCAACAUUGAGUGGCCUCCAGUUUCAUGACGAUCUACCCCAUGAAACAGUUUUGAAUAUACCGUUGAACUUACCACAGCUACCUGACUCGAGUCACUGCGGGACUUACGAAGAUGAUGUAAUUCCAUUACGAGUACACGACUGUUCGUUAGACUUAAUCGUUGUUUCGGACCCAAAAGGAAUGGUAUGCAUAUGCCAUCAUUAUCUUUAUCGUCCCGACAAUCAUUCUGCAGAUUCAAUAGACAACAAUUGCCUCUCUGACAUGAAUACUGUGCACUUUGCGUAUUCCGUCACUGUGUUACAUCACAGCUGCGUGAUACAUUGCGUUAUACCAGGAAUCCCUUGGACACGUGCUAAAUUGAUGAGACCAACAUUUGUCAUCCACGGAGACCACCAUAUGGUCGUAUUUGUGCAAGGAGCGUUUACGCACCUUCUGGAAAUAGGUGUGACACACGAACCAUGCUGUCACAUCCUUUCUGGUCCUCUACCUUGUGUGCCUUGGCGCACUUCAUAUUUAGUACCUUUAUUAGAUCUCACUACUAAUAAUCCAAAUGACGGUAAUAAUAGUAAGAGGAGACGUAAUUCUAGUGAAAGAUCGCGAGCUUUGAAAAUUGACGAAAAUUUUGGGCCCACUGGUACUAACGUUAGAACAGGAACUUUCAUUAACACGGAGAAUUAUAGUACUCUGAUAAGUUCAACUCCUAAUCCGUUGACCGUAGAUCUUCCGACGUUGGAUCUUGUGACGCUGACUAUCCCUGUAGAAUUUCUGAUCGAGGAGUUUCGCAAAGAAACAUCCCUCGAUGUUCGUCUCGGUAUACUACACUACUUCCUUGUACACCGGAAUGAUCCUGAAUCAGUGAUGGAACUAGUUUCUGCAAUAGCUGAACAACCAAAACUACUGAGUGUGGCCAGACUGUUGCAAGAAAUUUUAAUCUCUGGCUCAUACGCAGCCGUGCAAAAAAAUUUGCCUGCAGACGCACCACAACUCACAUCGUUACUGCCCUUUACUACCAUGCAAAACAGCAUAGCAACCGAGGUCAUAGUGAAUGACUUGACUAUCACACUAACUCAUGAAAAAUUAUGGAAUACCUCUGUCAUGUUAUUGUCUCCCCAACAACGGCUAGUUCCAUACUGCAACGAUCUUUGGACCCGACUUUGGGAUCAGUUAGGUAGGUGUAUCGGAGAUAAACCCAGAUUCAAGCCAAGUCAGGUUGCCGAAAAACUGAUGGUCUCAUUGGCAUGUUAUCAGCCAGAAGCACUUUCCAGAUCUAGUACGCCCAUGUCCCCCAGCGGUGGAUUAGCGGUAGCUGCAGCUUCAAUGGGGGAACUGAUGGGCUGCAGAGGGAAUAGCAAGAUCUUAGAUUCUGGCCUGCCUUUUGUGGAGGUAGAAAGUUGUACAGCCUCUAAACAAGAGCAUGUGGUAUCGGUAAAUUUGAGGGAACUUUCGAUGCACCUGCUUAAACAUGGAACUCAAACUUCCACUAUGCGCUUGCAAGGAAUUUGCACACCUCUGCAUCUACAUGCCAUGGCCACUAGGCACGUGGCCGCUCAAUUAGAAACCUCUCGUUCACUCUGUCAGAUGCUUUGUCGAGCCUCCAACGUCGACCCUAGAACCGAACAGAAACGCGGAUUUGAUCUCAUAGACCAAUUGGACGAAUCAAGACUCUGUUUGUUGUUCACACUACUGGAACGCUACAGUUAUGCCAUAGAGGGGACAGCGUUCCCAUUACCUCAAGGAUUCACAUCGUUUUUCACUUAUCUAGGAUACCGAAGUCUGAACUACCCGACUUUUCUGCAGUACGUUCGAAAAGAUGUAUUUGAACUACAAGUCGACGUUAUGAAAGCAAUUAUGGCUGAUUCAGGUGAAUCGAAAGCUGGAGUCUGCCAAAAAUUAGGCUUGUUAUCGUUACUGCCGAGGUCUAGAGCAAAGAGAUUACUCAAUCAGUGGUUACACCCCGUUAGUUUGAUGUUGAGAGCUCGGGAACAUGCUACUAAUAUAUUAUCUGGAGAACUCUGUCAGUGUCGUGGAAGAAUCCCACAGCAUCGCAUUGAUCACAAUGGGCUAGCUGCGUUUCCAUCAGCAGAUCGACUUUCCCCGCUGGACACGUUUCUGGAUUUGUUGACAGCCAAAGCUAGUCUAACAGAAUUAGACUUUGGUCUGCUUAUAGAGGCAACGGUAACGUCAACGGAAGAUUUUCUAUGAUUUUAUGGUACCGUAAUGUAGAUAGGGGCCAGAUUCUCAUUCUCAUACACUCCUAUCCAAGUACACCGUAUGAUGUAUCCCACCGAGAAAAUUCAGUAAGUAGGUGUAAUUUUCUGCAAAAAUUUAGCCAUAAUUCUAGAACUUGCUACCAAAUAUAAUUGCUAUCGGUAACUAGUAAUCAAGAUACUCAGUGAUCAUGGAGACUUUUGCUCGAUUGGCUGAGAACAGUCUGCAAAUGCAAUAAUUCUUGUUGGUCAGCUUAUGAAAUCAGGCUAAUUAAAUCGAGUUGUAGUA